CACAAGUCUGAAUUGCUAAGUUUGACACCCUGCUUAAUUGUGUACUUGCACUCAAGUUCUUGCUUAGCAGCUUCUCAUUCAUUGUCCCAUAUACGGAAAACAAAAGAAAGAAGAAGAAGAAGAAGAAGAAGAAGAAGAACUCUUGUCAAGCACAGGCUAUUAGGAAAAGGCGAGCAACAAACAACGAAUGAUGGGUACUUCUCAAUCGUCUAUGAUCAUUCACCGAGAUAUUUUCCAUCUCUUUGCCUCACUGUUGCACAGGCUAUGUAGCUUGAAAACGUUCUCUCUCUCUUUUUCUUCAGCUCUUUGAUUCAACCCACAAUUCACUUCAUCAAUUUCUAUUUCUUCUCAAGCCUGAUUUGUUUUUUUGUCGGAGUUGUGCCACAUGGGAUUGGGCUUGAUUUGCAAAACGAGGAUACAGAAUUUCAAAGGGGAUCAAUCCAAAUGGAAUCACACUUGGCUCUGAUUGAACAAUCGUUCAAUAGUUGUUACUCUAUCUGGGCAAGACAAGUUCUUGAUGAAUUGCCUGAAAGUUUUACCAUCACAGAUCCUUGCAUCUCCGGCCACCCGAUUGUCUUCGCCAACAGUGCGUUUUUUAAGAUGUUUGGCUAUUCUAAGGACGAGGUUAUCGGCCGAAAUGGAAGGAUUUUUCAGGGGCCUAAGACUAACAGAACCUCCGUCCUGGAAAUCCGUGAGGCGAUUCGGGAGGAGAGGGCGCUGCAGAUCAGCUUGUUGAAUUAUCGAAAAGACGGCACGCCGUUUUGGAUGCUGUUUCACAUGAGCCCUGUUUUUAGGAAGGAGGAUGGGAGAGUCAUUCACUUUGUUGCGGUUCAGGUGCCGAUUUUGGGGACGCAGAGAUUAAACGGGUCGAAUUUGAGUGAGGAAGGGUCCGGAUUUAGGGCGAUUGUGUUUGGUUCGUGCAGGAGAGAGGUUUGUUCGGAUUCUUUGGUGGAUUUGGGUCGGGUUUUGGCAUUGGAUUCGGAUACUAGAGGAUUAGAUUUUGAGGAGCCAUGUGAAGCUAGUGAGGCAGAGAAGCGAAGAGCAACAUCUGCCAUGAACAGUAUUUUGUCUGUGCUAACUCAGGAUAGCGUGUCAACUGGUAAAUCAGUUUGUGGAAAAAGAUGCAGCUUUCCUGGAGCAACCGUUAUCAGUUCUUCUUUAAAUAUAUCUCUUGGUAGAAUCAAACAAAGCUUUGUAUUGACGGAUCCACACUUGCCAGAUAUGCCUAUAGUUUAUGCGAGCGAUGCCUUCUUGAAAUUGACAGGUUAUGCUAGGGAUGAAGUAUUGGGGCGCAAUUGUAGAUUUUUACGUGGAGUCGAAACAGAUCCCUCAGUUCUUGAAAAGAUAAAGGAAAGCAUUCAAGCUGAACAAGCUUGCACUGUACGUAUCUUAAAUUACAGGAAGAAUAAGAAUACAUUUUGGAACCUUCUUCACAUAUCACCUGUUCGUAAUGCUACUGGCAAGAUAGCAUACUACGUGGGUGUCCAAAUUGAAGAAGGGUGUAAGAGGCAGGACUGGCAUGGAUUGAACCCUGAGAUGAGGCAGCGUAGUUGCGUAGGUGCGGUGAGGGUAGCUGUAAGGAGUUCAUCAAUUGGUGCCGGCUCCUCUAAAUCAUAGGAUAUAACUUCAAAACCCAUACUUUGCUUCUCGUUACUGGAUUUGAAACAGAGAGAAUUAAUACUCACCCUGAAAUUCAAGCAUCUCAUCUUGUAAAGGCUGGAAUUGGGAAAUAGUUUGAUGGAAUGGAUUCUUGAGAUUCUCACAUUGUCCAUAUAUGAAAAUAUUUUGAGGAAUCA